AUGGAGGUGCGACGUAAGAUCUCGCCCUACGAUUUGAGUGCUGCUGACAAUCCCAGAGCUGUGAGAUCACUUCCGUUGCUGAAAGGAACAAAUUAUGACGAAUGGGCUUGUAGAAUAAAAACAGCUCUUUGUUCCCGCAAGAAGUUUGGCUUCUUGGAUGGAUCCAUUGCUCGUCCAGCAGAAGGAUCUCCUGAUCUUGAAGAUUGGUGGACUAUCCAAGCCUUGUUGGUUUCUUGGAUCCGCAUGACGGUGGAGCCAUCACUUCGUUCCAACAUCUCUCAUUGUGAUGUUGCGAAGGACUUGUGGGAUCAUCUGAAGAAAUGCUUUUCUGUCACUAACGGUCCCCGUAUCCAACAACUCAAGGUGGAACUCGCAUGUUGCAAACAGAGGGGUCUCGCUAUUGAAGCGUACUAUGGGAAACUAAACCGCAUAUGGGACAGCAUGGCUACUCACCGACCUUUGCGUGUUUGUCAAUGCGGAAAGUGUGAGUGCGACUUGAUCUCUCUUCAAGAAAUAGAUCGGGAGGAAGAUAAGGUGCAUGAUUUCUUAUCUGGUCUUGAUGAUUCCUUCAAUACGGUGAGGUCGAGUUUGGUUUCACGAACUCCGAUUCAACCAAUGGAGGAAGUGUAUAACAUUGUCCGCCAGGAAGAAGACAUGCGCACUAAUGUUACAAAGAAUGAGGCGGCUCCUGAAAUCUUUGCAUUUGCUGUCCAACAACGACCUCGAAUGCAAUCCUCGGUUCGUCCUGAACAAGCUCUAUGCAAACACUGCAAUCGUGGAGGUCAUUCUUCCGAUAGCUGCUUUGCCGUGGUUGGUUAUCGAGAGUGGUGGGGUGACCGACCUCGCAGGAGAACGAUGCAAGGGAAGAGUCGUGGUAGUGGUCUCCCUUCUUCUGGUCGUGGUCGUCCCAUGAGUUAUGCGAAUGUUGUCCAUGUUCCACCGGUUUCAUCUCAAGAACAUGCCAACUAUGUGAUCACGGAGAAGGAUCGUGAUGGGGUUAGCGAGCUGAGCGACGUUCAAUGGAACAACCUUGUCAAGUUGCUGAAUGGUCGAUCCCAUAGUGGUGCUGGUCCUAGCAACGAGAAACAGUCUAGUAAGUCAUCCUUUCCUUCUUGGAUAUUAGACACUGGUGCUUCUCACCAUUUGACAAACAACUAUGACAUUCUUACGAAUGUGAGACCUAUGUCACCGGUGUUAGUUGUGUUAGCCGAUGGACGCGAACGGGUAUCUUGUCAAGAAGGCACUGUUGUGUUGGGAUCCAAUCUGAUUUUGAAGCCAGUUUUUUAUGUAGCAGAGUUGCAAUAUGAUCUUAUUUCUCUAGGGCAGUUGAUGGAUGAGAAUACUUGUAUUGUACAAAUGGCUGACCAGUUCCUUGUCAUUCAGGACCACGGUUCGAGGAUGAUGAUUGGUGCGGGUAAGCGAGACGGUGGAACCUUCCGCUUCUGCAGAACCGAAUCCGUCGCACUUUUCACUACACAAGAAGCAAAGGCUUACACGUUGUGGCAUCAAAGGAUGGGUCACCCAUCUGCAAGAGUAGUUGGUUCACUUCCGCAAGUUUCUGUUUCUGUUGAUUCUGAUAUUUACAAUAAGGCGUGUGAUGGUCCUUAUUGCACUCCCUCUUCCUCCGGUGCUCGUUACUUCCUUACCAUCGUUGAUGAUUACUCUCGUAGUGUAUGGAUAUAUCUACAACAUAACAAAACUGAAACUGCUGCAAAUCUGAAAGGUUUGAUUGCCAUGGCUACAACACAAUUUCAAAAACAAGUAAAGUGA